AUGGCUCGUUUCGCUGAAGACCUCCCCAGCCGAUACGGAGGGGGUCCCGGAGGAGGAGGCGGAGGAGGCGGCGGCGGUGGUGGUGUCGGCGGCGGAGGAGGCAUGGGGGCCCGUGGGGGAGCCGCAGCCCGAGGAGGAGGCGCGGCGGGCGGGCAGAGGAUGUACAAGCAGUCGAUGGCACAGCGGGCGCGCACCAUGGCCAUCUACAACCCGAACCCCGUCAAACAGAACUGCUUCACCGUCAACCGCUCGCUGUUUAUCUUCCGCGAGGACAACGUCAUCAGGAAGUACGCCAAGAGGAUCACCGAGUGGCCUCCGUUUGAGUACAUGAUCCUGGCCACCAUCAUCGCUAACUGCAUCGUGCUCGCUCUGGAGCAGCACCUGCCGGCCAGCGACAAGACGCCCAUGUCCGAGCGCCUGGACGACACAGAGCCGUACUUCAUCGGGAUCUUCUGUUUCGAGGCGGCCAUUAAGAUCAUCGCCCUGGGCUUCGCCUUCCAUAAGGGCUCGUACCUCCGCAACGGCUGGAACGUCAUGGACUUUGUGGUGGUGCUGACCGGCAUCCUGGCGACGGUGGGCUCAGACUUUGACCUGCGAACCCUCCGAGCUGUGAGAGUGCUGCGCCCGCUCAAGCUCGUCUCAGGAAUCCCCAGCCUCCAGGUGGUGCUGAAGUCCAUCAUGAAGGCCAUGGUGCCCCUGCUGCAGAUCGGCCUGCUGCUCUUCUUCGCCAUCGUCAUGUUCGCCAUCAUCGGGGUGGAGUUCUACGUGGGCAAGUUCCACACCACCUGCUUCAAGCUCCAAACCGGCGAGCGAGCUGCAGACUGGCCGUGUGGCCUGGAGCCCCCCGCCCGCCUCUGUCCAAACGGGACCGAGUGCAGAAAGUACUGGAUCGGACCCAACUUCGGCAUCACCAACUUCGACAACAUCCUGUUCGCCGUGCUCACCGUCUUCCAGUGCAUCACCAUGGAGGGCUGGGUGGACAUCCUCUACAGCACAAACGAUGUGGUGGGGAACACGUGGAACUGGCUCUACUUCAUCCCCCUCAUCAUCAUUGGCUCCUUCUUCAUGCUCAACCUGGUGCUGGGAGUCCUGUCUGGGGAGUUUGCGAAAGAGAGGGAGCGUGUGGAGAAGAGGCAGGUGUUCCUCAAGCUCCGCAGACAGCAGCAGAUCGAGAGGGAGCUCACCGGGUACCUGGAAUGGAUCUGUAAAGCAGAGGAGGUGCUGCUGGAGGAGGAGGAUGAGAUCGCAGAGGAGAAGUCUCCGAUGGACGGUGCGUGGCCCUUGCCAGGUGAAGGCAGCACCUUGUUGAAACGAGGCAAAGUGAAGAAGGGCAGAGACCUAAUCGGGGCCGAGGAGGGCGACCAUCAGUACUCAGACAUCUCCUCUGUGGCUCCGCCGGGUUCUCCGUUCGGCCGCUCCAGUGUGAAGAGUGGAAAACUGGACAGUCACACGUUCUUCCGGCGUAAAGAGAAGAGAGUGCGUUUCUGUAUCCGCCGCAUGGUCAAAGCUCAGAGCUUCUACUGGGUCGUCCUGUGUGUGGUCGGACUCAACACCAUGUGUGUGGCCAUAGUGCACUACGACCAGCCACAGUGGCUCACUACUGCACUCUACACAGCUGAGUUUGUGUUCCUGGGCCUGUUCCUCACUGAGAUGUCUCUGAAGAUGUACGGACUCGGAGCGCGCAACUAUUUCCACUCCUCCUUCAACUGCUUUGACUUCGGGGUAAUUGUGGGAAGUAUUUUUGAGGUGUUCUGGGACAUGAUCAAACCAGGAGCUUCGUUUGGCAUCAGUGUGCUCAGGGCUCUGCGUCUGCUCAGGAUUUUCAAAGUCACCAAGUACUGGAACUCCCUGAGGAACCUGGUGGUGUCUCUGCUCAACUCCAUGAAGUCCAUCAUCAGCUUGCUCUUCCUCCUCUUCCUCUUCAUCGUGGUGUUUGCUCUGCUGGGCAUGCAGCUCUUCGGGGGGCAUUUCAAGAUGGAGGACACAGGUUUCGGCAGGUUUAACUUUGAGGAUGAGACACCCACUACAAACUUUGACACGUUCCCUGCAGCCAUCCUCACUGUGUUCCAGAUCCUGACCGGAGAGGACUGGAACGCAGUCAUGUACCACGGCAUCGAGUCGCAGGGCGGAGUGCGCCGCGGCAUGUUCUCCUCUGUCUACUUCAUCGUGCUCACGCUCUUUGGAAACUACACUCUGCUCAAUGUGUUCUUGGCCAUCGCUGUGGACAACCUCGCCAACGCCCAGGAGCUCACCAAGGACGAGGAGGAGCAGGAGGAGGCAGCCAAUAAGAAGCUGGCUCUGCAGAAGGCCAUGGAGGUGAAGGAGGUCAGCCCCAUGUCGGCGGCAAACAUCUCCAUCGCAGCUUUUGUAAAGCAAAACUGUGAACCACACUCGCGCAGGUGCUCCGUCAUCAGCAAUCAGUCUCUUAAGGAGUCCCAGAGGACGGUUAAGUCCAUGUCCAUCUGGGAGCAGAGGACCAACCAGCUGAGGAGACACAACAUGAGGGCCAGCAGCGAAGCCCUGUUCAACGAGAUGGACACGGAGGAGCGCAGACGCCUGUCCUCCAUACACCUGCACCCCGACAUGAAGACGCACCUGGACCGCCCCCUGGUGGUGGACGGGAGGGGCGGGUCCAGGAGGAGCUCGGAGGUGGGACGGGACGAGCUGGGGGACAUUUUGACGGGGGACAGCUACCACAGGAAGCACCAUCAUCAUAGAAACGGGGACAGGACCAAACACAGGCAUCACCACCGUCACAGCGGCUCUCCAGAGGAAGGGACAGAUGAGACAGGGGGACACAGGAGGACGCACCACUCGCACAGGUCCACAAAGGAGGGGAAUGGGACACUAGCUAACAACUCCAGAGAAGGGAACGGCAACGGGGACCGCAGGGCCCGGAGCUCCAGGCUCAUGAGAGCACAGUCCACUAUAGAGGGGGACAAGAGAGAGGGCAGCACACUCAGGGACUCAGAGGCCGACGUGGACCAGGACCCAGCCUCCAGCCCAGGGAAGGCCCCACACAGCAGCCCCAGCCUCGGAGACAAGCAGGAGGACGAGGACAACCGGAAGAACUCCACCAGGGCCGGGAACGCCAUCCACAUUCCAGUCACCAUCACUGCACCACCCGGGGAGACAACCAUCGUACCUAUGAACAACAUGGACUGUGGCACGUUCCAGCUGAGCGAUGAGAAGAAGGAGCUGGAGGAGGAGGACCCAGCCAACGGGCCACGCGAGAUCCUGCCCUACAGCUCCAUGUUUGUGUUCGGGACCACCAACCCCGUGCGGAGGCUGUGUCACUAUGUGGUCAAUCUGCGUUACUUUGAGAUGUGCAUUCUGCUGGUCAUCACCAUGAGCAGCAUCGCCCUGGCAGCAGAGGACCCAGUGCAGGCCAACGCACCACGCAACAAUGUGCUCAAGUAUCUGGACUAUGUCUUCACUGGAGUCUUCACCUUCGAGAUGGUCAUCAAGAUGAUCGACCUAGGCCUGCUGCUCCAUCCCGGCUCUUAUUUCCGAGACCUGUGGAACAUUUUGGACUUCAUCGUGGUCAGUGGAGCUCUGGUGGCCUUCGCCUGCUCGAGCCUCAUGGGAUCUCAGCAGAGCAUAGCCAGAGGGACCAAGGGCAAAGACAUCAACACCAUCAAGUCCCUGCGAGUGCUGAGGGUGCUGCGUCCGCUCAAGACCAUCAAACGACUGCCCAAGCUCAAGGCGGUGUUUGACUGUGUGGUGAACUCUCUGAAGAACGUUCUGAACAUCUUGAUCGUGUACAUUCUCUUCAUGUUCAUCUUCGCUGUCAUCGCCGUGCAGCUAUUCAAAGGGAAGUUCUUCUACUGCACAGACGAGUCAAAGGGCCUGGAGAAGGACUGCAGGGGUCAGUUCCUGGACUAUGACCGUGAGGACGUGGCCGCUCAGCCCAGAGAGUGGAAGAAGUACGAGUUCCACUACGACAACGUGCUGUGGGCCUUCCUCACACUCUUCACUGUGUCCACUGGGGAAGGCUGGCCGCUGGUGCUGAAACACUCCAUGGAUGCCACCUAUGAAGACCAGGGUCCCAGCCCGGGCUUCCGCAUGGAGACGUCCAUCUUCUACGUGGUCUACUUCGUGGUCUUCCCCUUCUUCUUCGUCAACAUCUUCGUGGCUCUGAUCAUCAUCACAUUUCAGGAGCAGGGGGACAAAGCCAUGUCUGAGUGCAGUCUGGAGAAAAACCAGAGGGCCUGUAUCGACUUCGCCAUCAACGCCAAACCCCUAACGCGCUACAUGCCGGAGAACAAGCAGUCGUACCAGUACAAGCUGUGGAAGUUUGUGGUGUCUCCUCCCUUUGAGUACGCCAUCAUGACUCUGAUCGCCCUCAACACCGUGGUGCUCAUGAUGAAGUUCUUUGAAGCUCCAGAGUGGUACGAGUACAUGCUCAAGUACCUGAACAUCGUCUUCACAGCACUCUUCACCCUGGAGUGUAUUCUGAAGAUCAUCGCCUUCGGGCCCCUGAAUUACCUGAGCGCAGCGUGGAAUGUAUUUGACUUUGUGACAGUGCUGGGCUCCAUCACUGACAUCCUGGUCACUGAGAUCAAGACCAAUAAGAUGAUCAACCUGAGCUUCCUGCGUCUGUUCCGAGCGGCGCGUCUCAUAAAGUUGCUGAGACAGGGCUACACCAUCCGCAUCCUGCUCUGGACCUUUGUGCAGUCCUUCAAGGCUCUGCCAUAUGUGUGCCUCCUGAUCGCCAUGCUCUUCUUCAUCUACGCCGUCAUUGGGAUGCAGGUCUUUGGAAACAUUGAGUUGAACGAUGAGACUGCCAUCAACCAGCACAACAACUUCCAGACCUUUUUCCAGGCUCUGACCCUCCUCUUCAGGAGUGCGACGGGGGAGGCGUGGCAGGAGAUCAUGCUGGCGUGCCUGAGUAACCGCCCAUGUGACCAGCUCUCCGGGAGCUCGGGGAAAGAGUGCGGCAGUGACUUUGCGUACUUCUACUUUGUGUCUUUUAUCUUCCUCUGCUCCUUCCUGAUGCUGAACUUGUUUGUGGCGGUCAUCAUGGAUAACUUUGAGUACCUGACCCGAGACGCCUCCAUCCUGGGCCCUCACCAUCUGGACGAGUUCAUCCGCGUGUGGGCAGAGUACGACCCUGGCGCCUGCGGGAGGAUUUGCUAUCAGGACAUGUACAAACUGUUACGCUUUAUCUCCCCUCCACUCGGCCUGGGGAAGAAGUGCCCCAACAGAGUGGCCUAUAAGCGUCUGGUCAAGAUGAACAUGCCCAUCGGAGAAGACUACAGUGUGCACUUCACCUCCACCCUCAUGGCUCUGAUCAGGACCGCGCUGAACAUCAAACUGGCAUCAGGGGUCCUGGCUCAGCACCUGUGUGAUGCAGAGCUGCGCAGAGAGAUCAGCAAAGUGUGGCCCAACCUGUCCCAGAAGAACGUGGACCUGCUCGUCACGCCACACAAGUAUAAUGAACUGACUGUGGGGAAAGUGUACGCCGCGCUCAUGAUUUAUGACUACUACAAACAGAACAAGCUCAAGAAACUGCAGGCUCUGCACCCCACGGGCCCCCAGUGUAAGUUGGGCGUUCUGUUCCGCUCGGUGCUGCCCUUCGCCCACCUCCAGGACAUGGACACCAGGCCCAGACAGCCCCCGCGCUCUCCCCCUCCCCCUGACCCCGAGCCUGGGCCAGAGCCUGAGAAGAAAGCCGAGGAAGCGGCCCCCGUCCCCACCUCCGUCUCCUCCACCGUGAGCCCCACCACCUCCACCGCUGCACUCGCGACUACCACGCCCACGGGCAGGGCCAACAUACAACCACAGAGAAUCAAACAUUCACAGUCUGGAGAUGUGUGUCAGAGCACCCAGGGGCCCCGGGUCAGGAGGAGACUGCAGAGGGGCCAGUCUGAAGAUGUGCCCUCCUCCAGCAGACCUCAGGAGCUGGUGGAGAUGAAGCCAGUGGAGUCAGACUCAGAGCCCUACCCUGUCCUCGAGGGACAAAGAGCAGCGUCUCUGCCACGCCUCAAUGCAGAGUACUACCGGAAUCUCCCCCGGCACAGCCCUGGGACCCAGCUGGCACCCAUCGUGGACCUGAGCCCGGUGAGGCGGUCGGCGUCCUCCCUGGCUCCGCAGCGCCCCCCGGAGCUCUCGCUGGGGGAGUACGACCUGCAGAGGCUGGAGCAGGCCGAAGGCAGGGGGCACUACCACCACCACCGCUGCCAGAGGAGGAGGGAGAGGGAGAGGAGGCAGAAGUCCCUGGAGCAGACUUUUGUCUCCUCCUGCCUGCCGUCUGCUGUAGGUCGCUUCCCAGAGGAGCCGGAUGAGGGUGGGUCACGGGAUAGGGCCAGGGAUCGUGAGCGCAGUCGUCCUGCUGAGAGGAGGCACCACUCUUCAGCCGGAGAGAAGCAGAGGUACUACUCCUGUGAGCGCUACGGCAACAGAGAGCCCGCCCACACACGCUCAGCCGGACCCAGCUGUACCACGUCACCGGGGGAGGCGCCCGACCCAUACCUCAGACAGCUCAGACCUGGGACCCUCGCUCCUGCCCUGAGCUCCGCACCAGGGCGGGGCAGACGCCAGCUCCCUCAGACCCCUCUCACCCCUCGGCCCGGAGUGGCCUUCAAGACCCCGUCCACCCUGCCCUCCCCUCUGCCCUCCACCGCCCUCACCACCGGACACCUUCCCCGCCCCAGCCGAGGACAGUCGGAGCAUGAACGCUUACUGGGCCCUCGUGAGGACACGGCCAUCUCAGUCACCCGCAUCAGCUCAGACCCUAACCUGAGCCCCCACAGAGAGGCCGCGUCCCGCCACGAGGACCCCCAGGACUUCCCGGACGCAGUAGGCAGCCACGCUUCAGGGCGACCCCCCAACAGGACCACCCCCACUGGGUCUUCAGCCGCAGGAGGGGUCCCUAACGGAUACCACUUUACCCUAGGGGUGAACUCUGCACCCAGUCCCACAGGCAGAGGGACGGGAGCACUCAGGGACAGAGAGGACAAGGACUGGUGCUGA